GAGUCUUCAGGCUCGAGUCACGCACGCAGGAGGCGACACUUGGGGGAGUUGAAUGGCAGAUAGGGCCCCAGGCGGCCUUGGGGGGCGGGGUUCUCUGGCUCCAGAGACGUGGCCAGACUCGUCCAGCUAGCUUGGGGUGGGGGCUGGCGUUCCCUUAGGGGAGCUCGCUUGGGCCACCCCGGCCGGAAGGCAUCCCUGGAAUGCGGUGGCUCAGCACCCGCCCCCUCGGGAAUUCCCCACGGGAGCCACUGGAAGGGAACUGGCCCCCUGGACGGGGACGGCCGGACCUCGGUUUUCUCACAGUGGUGGGAUUGGAGAUUCCAGCCCCUGCCAGGUUGCAGACGUGAGGUCGAGCACACCUGGAGGACCGCAGGGCUGUCGUGGCCACAUCCGGGGCUACACGCAUGAGUCAUCCCACCCCCAUUCGCGUCCGCCCGUCCAGCCCGUCAGCCCAGUCUCUCCAGUCCGCGACUUUCAGCUCCCACCUCCACCCGAGCCCCGCGAGCCCCGCGGGGGCGGGGGGCGGGGCGCUAAGGGGCGGGGUUGUCUCUUAAAGAGCCCGGGGCCGCUGCCCUUAGGCCACUUCCUGGGGGCGGAGAGGACCUCAGUGCUGCGAUACUGCAGGAAGGCUGCGGUGCGGGAGUCCAGAGACUCGGCGUCUUCCAUCAGAGCCCUCGGACACUCCCAGCUCAGACCGAGAGUGCAUCGUUGCACCACAGUCAGUACAAGUGUGGCUCGCCAUCCGCUCUCAUCAGCUCCGGCCUCCAUCUACUGGGCUGAAGCCAGGCCGGGCCUCUGACUGGUCUCCGGAGCUCUGCGUGGACUCGCAUUCUGCCCAAGCGAUCUGCCCAGAAACUCGGAAGCUGGGCCCUUCACAGUUGGCCCUGUGCUCGCCACCGUCACCUGCUGGUUGGAUUCCGGAAACCCAUUGUCGGAAGACCACAGAAAGGAACUACUGACCACCCCAAAUCAGAUACGUCUACACCAAAUGCUCUCUUCCCCUCUCUUGGCUGUCUUUUGUUAUUUUCAUCUGUUCUUUCAACUUCUCUGUGCCCUGAAAUUCCAUAACCACCACCAACGUAGCUAGGGUGAGCUACAAACCUUGCUAGCUUGUACUCCAGCCUGUGCCUCCAACCUAGCGAGUCACAACCAGCCAAUUCUGCACACACCCAGGAAGUUCUGCCUUUCUUCUCCUUCCCUGUCUCCUGUACUCCCCAAAAUUUCCCCUCCUCCUGUGUCCUCUUCGCCCCCUUCUUUUGGGGGCCCCGUGACCCUGAAUGUGGGGGGCACGCUAUAUUCCACUACUUUGGAGACCCUGACCCGCUUCCCAGACUCCAUGCUGGGGGCCAUGUUCAGGGAUGGCACUCCGAUGCCCGCCAAUCUCAACCACCAAGAAGGUGGCCAGUACUUCAUCGACCGGGAUGGCAAGGCCUUCCGCCACAUCCUCAAUUUCCUUCGGCUGGGCCGACUGGACCUGCCUCGUGGGUAUGGAGAGACAGCCCUUCUCAAGGCAGAAGCUGACUUCUACCAGAUCCGGCCCCUUCUGGAUGCCCUACGGGAACUGGAGGCCUCGCGUGGGACCCCUGCAUCCACAGCUGCCCUGCUCCACGCAGAUGUAGACGUCAGCCCGCGCCUGGUGCACUUCUCUGCUCGCCGGGGCCCACACCACUAUGAGCUGAGCUCCGUCCAGGUGGACACCUUCCGAGCCAACCUCUUCUGCACCGACCCCGAGUGUCUGGGUGCCAUGCGGGCUCGAUUUGGUGUGGCCAAUGGGGACAGAGUAGAGGAGGGGCCACAUUUUCGUCUGGAGUGGGCGCCGCGCCCGGCGGAACUCCCUGAGACCGAGUAUGGCAGACUGGGGUUACAGCCACUGUGGACUGGGGGGCCUGGAGAACGUCGGGAGGUGGUGGGCACACCAAGCUUCCUGGAGGAAGUGCUGCGGGUGGCUCUAGAACACGGUUUCCGCCUUGACUCGGUCUUCCCUGACCCUGAAGACCUGCUUAACUCCAGAUCUCUGCGCUUUGUCCGGCACUGAGGAUGCUGUCCUCAGUUUGAUGGUGGGGAGGAGGGGGAGAGGGGCAGGCUAAAGGGAUAAAAGCUUCCUGAAGCCUCUUUCUAGCUCUGGUGUCGGAGCUAUGAGAGUCAGGGGUCCCAGUGCAUCUGACUAGAGCCCAGAUGUGGGCUGGAAUUCCCAACUGAGCCCACCAAGGACUCACAAGUGGUCCAGAGGGUGUGAACUGGUGCUUUACCUGAAAGAGGCAGUGAAGGUUCCCUUGGUUUGUUUUUGCCUGAGGCUGGAGACUUAUAGUGUUUCUUUAAUUAAAGCUCAAUAUUCAGGGGUCUGAAAAGUGGGGAACACCUCCAUGCCCAGGUUAGACCUAGCAAAACCCCCAAGGAACACUGAAGUCUAGGGGGAAGGGGAUACUUGGAUUGUCCUAAUGUAGUCUCCUGGACUGUGGCUUCCCCUCCUGGCACUGGGUGGCUUGGACUGGCCUGACCAAUGAGAGGUCAAAACGCUCUGGAACAUGGAAAAGGGGAUUCCUCGCUGUGUCUCAAGCCACCUAUGGAGCGGGAAACAGAUCACAGCCCACCCUAGGUUGACAUAAGGGAGCUAGGAGAAUCCCCAUUAGCAAGAGGGCUGGAGCACUCCCUGGAAUUCUAAGUGUUUUAAAGGAUCCCAUAUUGUAGUUGAAGCUGGCCAUGGGGAGGAGGGUGGUAUCUUUUUAUGUACUGGCAUUACUUCAUUUGUAUGUAAGUGCAUAUUAGCCAGUGUGUCUGAUUGAUACGUACGUUCCUGGUACCCUGGUUCCAUCAGUGUUGCUGACUGUGGUGUCUAUGUGAUGGCCCUUCUCUGAUCUUUGUAUGUCCAGGCCUGUUUGGGGUUGCCCAGCAACUGUUCUGGCACAAGUUUAUCCAUGGUAUAUGUGUGAGUAAACUGAGAUUUAGUUAAUCACA